AUGGCAGAUUGGAUCAGCGUGUGGCCAGGAAUUUCUAUCGGGGGUAUUUUAAUACAACUUGUUCACAUAUCUAAUAUAUUUUUAGAUUAUAUGGCCGAGCUCAUAGCAUUUGCGGACGAUGUGGCCGUAGUAACAUUGUCAGCCAUCCCUUCUACACCCGAAGAGAGUUUGGGGGUAGCCUUCAGUUUCAUCAGUAACUGGAUGUCGGACCACGGUUUUGAACUCUCAGUGGUUUAA